GUUUUCGAUUUAAACACACUCAACGCCGGUUUUUGAAUUGUUUUGGUUUGUAAUGUUUACAGACGACACGACUCUAGUGGAACUAGCAAAAUUAUUGCCGCAAUUUGCAGACAUUGAACAUGUUCUGCAGCCACCCGAAGUUGAGGCACGUUACAUACUUAAGCGAGCUGCAAAACACUUUGAGCAACUGGAAGCGAACGAAGAUCGCGAGGAACUUGGAUAUCUAGUCGAGGCUUUAGUGGACAAGAGCUGGGAACGCAUACACAGUGGGCACUUCAGCCAAGUGCCGCUGACAACGCGUCAAAUCUAUGCACUCGGCUGCUUUUAUAAGAUUUUCUUGCUGCUCUUGGAUAACUCAGGCGUGGAACAACGUGAACGAUGCAGCGCCAUACUCGAUGAAGCACUGUUGCUGGGCUGCACGGAUAACCUUUAUGGACAGUCCAAUGAAUUGCAAAGUGCCCUAAUGAAGUAUUUAGACGAUGUUGAGAAAAACAAGAAUGAUCCCAAGCCAUUGCCAAUUUUAGAGGAAGUGCAGCGCGUUGUUUGCCGUUGUGAUAUACCCCAACUGGAUGCUCCAUGUCUAAGCGAAUUUCGUGCGUGUUGCUAUGACGCACUGCAGCCAACGCUACUCCUCAACACGUUGAAUCAUUGGACCGCUUUAAGCAAAUGGCGCGAUUUGAAUUAUCUGCUUAAGAUGGCAGGCAAUCGCACUGUGCCCAUCGAGAUUGGCUCGAAUUAUGCCAGCGAUGAGUGGUCGCAACAGCUAGUAAAGAUACGCGAUUUCCUGUACAGGCAAUUUGGCGAUACCAAUCGUACCAAAGACUUGGAAGUCGAGUAUCUUGCGCAACACGAGCUCUUUGCCCAAAUUCCAGCAUUGAAGUCCGAUAUUUGUGUGCCCGAUUACUGCAGCGUUAACACAGAGAGUACGACUCCGGUGGACAUCAAAGCAUGGCUGGGACCUAAGGACACUGUCUCACCCAUGCACACGGAUCCCAAACACAAUUUGUUAUGCCAAGUUUUUGGCUCUAAGCGGAUUAUUCUAGCAUCUCCAGCGGACACAGCGAAUCUCUAUGCACACGAGAGCGAAUUCCUGGGAAACACUUCGCAAAUCGAUGCAGCUAAUCUGGACUUCGAACGUUUUCCACUGCUGAGCAGCGUGCGCUUUUAUGAGCUGAUUUUGCAGCCCGGCGACUGUUUGUAUUUGCCACCCAAGUGGUGGCAUUACGUGCGAUCCAACACUCCCAGUUUCUCAGUGAGUUUCUGGUUUGAAUAGGUCGGUCAUGGAUGACGUCAGCGAUAAGCAUUUGAACAUGAUGUGGACUCUGAGCAU